UUCGCUAACAUGGCUCGUAACGGUGACUUGGAAUGUGCAGUUGCAGUGCUUUUUUAUGUGUCCAUGCAGUGCGGAAAUGAGAUGAAAUCUGCUGCAAAUACGGCAGUGCAAAUGAUUAACGAAACUCUAAAAUUAUUCGAAAGAGGAACAAAAAGGAAACGUGAGGAAUGGUUUGAUGUGACAGAGUACCAUAAUAUGCGGUAUGGUGUACACAACAAAACUGUGGCCCAUGCUUCGCGUGUGUCAUUUACAGCAGCAGUGACUGAACUUGCGUCUGCUGUUGCCACGCAUAAUACAAGAAGAAUGAAACACGUAGUGUGGUGCAUCUACAUUCUGUGCAAGGCUCUGGAAACAUACCACAGUGACAAGUCCCGGCGCAGAUACUGGAUAUGCCCACUCCUUCGUAGUAGAGGUGAAGAAGGAGAGUUUCACACCCUCGUACGGGAUAUGAGGGAAAAGGACAUACAGAAGUUCUGUAUAUAUUUUCGAAUGACACCGCAGAGAUACGAUGAAUUACUGUCCAUGAUUGCUCCGCACAUCACGAAACAGACGACAAAAUUUAGAAAACCAGUCACUCCGGAGGAACAACUUGCCAUGACACUCAGAUAUCUCGCUCAUGGAGACACACAGCAAAUGAUUGCAUUGAGUUACCGUGUUGGACGAUCAACUGCAUGCAGGAUUAUUCGUAGGACCUGCCAAACACUAUGGAAUGUCCUCCAGCCUAAGUUUCUUCCAAAACCAACAACAGACGAUUGGUUAAGCAUUGCUUACGAUUUUCAUACAAAGUGGCAGUUCCCAAACUGUGUAGGGGCUAUCGACGGCAAACAUGUCGUAAUGCAGUGCCCCGCAAAUUCUGGAUCAGAAUACUUCAAUUAUAAAGGGACCCACAGUGUGGUGUUAAUGGUGGCAUGUGAUGCCAAUUACAAGUUUACGUGGGUGGACGGACAUUGGAGCUGCAGGAAGAGACAGUGAUGGGGGCACUUUUGGUUACACAGAAUUUGGAAAUCGCCUCAUGAAGCAAUCAUUAAACUUGCCUCCGCCAUCUGUGCUGCCUGGUACUGACGUCGUCCUGCCACAUGUAUUUGUUGCAGACGAAGCUUUCCCUCUGACACCAAACAUCAUGCGACCAUAUGCAGGCCGAUCGAAGGACGCCCUAUCGCCUUGUGAGGCAAUUUUUAAUUACCGUCUGUGCCGGGCACGCAGGUUAAUUGAAAAUACGUUCGGCAUUUUGACAACGAAAUGGCGAAUAUUUCGCCGUGCUAUAACGGCUGACGUAGAAACAGUGAAACUAAUUAUGGCAACCGUGGCCCUUCACAAUUGCUUGAAAGACUGCGACCAAUGGGAACGUUCAUCCAGCGGAUUGUACUGUUCACCUGGACUUGUAGAUAGUGAAAAUGGCGUUGAAGAAAUUAUACAUGGCACCUGGCGUCAAGGUGUAUCGCAAGAGGAUGCAAUUAGAGAUGUUCGAUCUUUUGGGAAAAGAAAUUACACCAGAGUAUCAGAAGCUGUACGCACUGCCU